GAAAGCCGCCGAGAUAGCAGAUAAAGGAGCUUGAAAUGCUUCGGGGAUGCAUGUUAUGGUGAGGGGAGUUUAUUGAAUGCCUGAUGGCCGACUUUGAUAUAAUAGAGGAUGCAAACGCACACGACUCUCUUACGAGAAGGCAGAGUGAAGAUGAAAGCCACGUCUGCGUGCCAGAUCCUGUGGUAAUUCGUGGUGUCGGCCACCUAACGCUAUUUGGAUUGACAAACAAAUUCGAUGCAGAAUUCCCAUCAAGUCUUUCAGGAAAGCUUGCCCCUGAAGAGUUUGAGUCUAUAAUGAAGAAAAUAAACAAAAUCCUUGGUCGAACAUUGCCGCUUAACAUACGGUGGUUGCUGUGUGGUUGCAUUUGUUGCUGCUGUACUUUGGGGCUAUCAAUGUGGCCAGUUGUCUACCUCAACAAAAGGUCACGAGUGUCAAUUGAAAAACUUCUAGAUGCUGAAAAUUAUAAUCUUUUUCACAAGCUUGGUUUACAUUGGAAAUUAAGUAAACAGCUUGUACAUUCUAGUAACAUGAUGGAAUAUGUUUUGUUAAUCGAGUAUCGUCCAAAGCAAGUUAUUUACAAGCCAGACUAAGUGAAAUUAUAUUUCAAGUAUUUAGAAAUUAGUGAAAGAAUUUGUGUUUAUACCUGUUUUGUGUUGCUAAAAUCUAAAUAAAUUAAUAUGUAUUGAAAUUAUUUUGGUUGCUCUUAAUGUUUUAAAUUUAUUAUGUUUUGUAGAAAUUUACUAAUUCGUGGAGAUAAUAAUUGUUUAUAAUUUGUCACCAGUAAUUGACCAUCGACACAAGCAACAACAUGAUGCUUCCAGAAGGCUAUCCAGGGGCGUCGUGACUGGGGGUUAUGGGUGUGGUGGGGGUGUCACACCCCAAUAGUAUCUCAAUAGCAAAUUUCAGGUAAAAUCAACUCGUUGGAAGAAGCGCUUUAGGUAUUUCAGAGACCUUCAUGUCAUAAAAUCAAUAAAGGAUCAAGUAAAGGCAGUUGCUCCGUUAGUUAAAUAUGAUAUUCCUUGAUAUGAAUAAAGGUAAACAAACUAGUGAUUUAAAGAUUUGAAGAUUUUUCGUUGACACUAUAUCUAAAAAUCCAGGCCUUCUUUAGGUAAAAUUGUGUCUUGCGUCCAUUUCCCCUAAAGUUGCAAUUCACUAUGAGCUCCAGAUGUUUUUAACAUUCAAAAGGCAUGCUUAGAUGAAAAGAGGGAUCCAAAUUAACAACCAGUGCUGCUUGUCACCUAGCUUUAGAAGUAACUGACAACAUGGUAUUUUUCAAGACCACAGCGAAGUUGUACCAGUUGUUUUAAUCUGUUGUCCAAUUUUUUUGCAAAAAAAAUAAUUUUCAAAAGGAUUAGGAGGAUUGCUUUAGUGAAAUUUGCUUAAAUGAGUGCAUUGUCCAGGGAACUAGAAGCAUCAAAAUUCGAAAAUUUCCUAUCCCUUCGACGGCAACCAGUGCCGCCUCGAGUAGCAAUUGUAUCCUUUACCCGUUCCGAUAUAGAGAUUUGACAAAACUAUUAGGAACAUCUGUUCUUAUCAUAUAAAAAUGAAAGUUGCAAAUUAUAUACAGAGUUAGAUUGACAACAACUAAAGAAUUUCAGGCAAAUUUUUUUUAAUCAGGUAUAUGUGUAGUACACCCCCCCUCCCCCACCAAGGCUUGCCUCGUGACGGCCCUGAGGCUAUCCCCUGCUUAGAGCAGAAAAAUGCUACUGCAGUCUUUUUUUAAGUUUUGAUAACCUACACCAAUUCUGCAGAACAAAAUUUACUAUAUAAAACAUUUAGUUGAUGGGUUCGUUGUGGAAUAAAAGGCAAAAGAUUGAGGAAGGCGGUAUUGAAAUCGGCUGGAUCGAUUGGAGAACGACGCAGAUGCUCGUAUUUCCGUCUUCUGUUUAUACUUUCGUCAGGCUAUCGUGGUGAUAUCAACAUAUUAAUUGUACUGUGAUGCUCCCAUUUGAGAAGCUCGUACAUGCAAUUCUGUUUUUAAAUAUCCUCGCUGUUUAAACGCCCUUGUAGUGAUGAUACUCUGCUCAGCUGCAGGCCAAAAUAAGCAACAAUGAUAUUCAAUGUGUAAUUAGUAAUUUUUCACAGGUUGGAUAGUGACAUCCCAUACGAACGAACUAAACCCCAUAAGUAUGAGGUCCCUAUUGCCAUGAUUCCCAGAUCAAACCUUAGGAAGGGCUGUAGUUUCAAUGAUUUGUAACACACAGUUGAAUUUUAUCUUUCCAGAAGCUAACUGUUAUGUAGAUAAACAAUUUUAUUACUUCUUUUCUUGAAGAUUUCUUGAAGAUGUGAGUAUUCAGCUACCUACCUGACUUGUAAAUAACAUAUGGUUGACGUUCUUCUGAAUUCUCUUUUGUUUAUGAAAUUUUUUCUCAUAUUAA